UGUAUUAUAAAUAAGAAUAUAUAUAGAAAUGACACUAACAAAUUUUGAAUUAAUAUCAGUAGUUGGCUAAGGAGGAUUUGGUAAAGUAUAUAAAGCAAGACUAAUAAAAACUCUGAAUUUAGUUGUAGCACUAAAAAUUAUGUCAAAAGUUAGGUACCUACUUAAAUAUAUUAGAAGAGUAAUAAAGAAAAAGAGUGUGAGUUCAGUUAUGAAUGAAUUAUAAAUCUUAUCAACCCUAAGACAUGAGUAAUUAUACCUAGAUAAUUCUAGAUUUAUUAUAAAUAUUAUCAGUGCCUUUUAAGAUCGUUGUUCCUUGUAUUUAGCCAUGGAUUUCUUAGCUGGAGGAGAUUUAAGAUUUCAUUUAUGCAAAUUUCGAAAAUUCUCUGAGGCAAUUACAAAACAUAUUGCAAUUUGCAUAAUUAUUGGAUUAGAUUAUAUACAUUCUAAUGGCAUUAUACAUAGAGAUAUCAAACCAGAAAAUUUAGUAUUUGAUAGCUAAGGCUAUUUAAGAAUUACUGAUUUUGGAAUUGCCAGAAUAUGGAAACCAUAAAAUAGUCAUGAAACAAGUGGUACUCCUGGUUACAUGGCUCCUGAAGUUAUGUGCAGAUAGAAUCAUGGAGUUGCUGUUGAUUACUUUGCCUUAGGAAUAAUAAUGCAUGAGUGUAUUGUAAAUAAUUUUUACUAUUUUAGCUUGGAAAAAGACCUUAUAAUGGAAAGAGUAGACAAGAAAUUCGAGAUUAAAUUAUUGCCAAAUAGGCUGCUAUUACAGAAGUUCCAUAAGGUUGGAGUACUGAGGCAAUUAAUUUUGCAAAUGCUUUAAUGUCAAGGAAACCUCAAUAAAGAUUAGGAUGCAAUGGGCCGGAUGAAGUUAAAAAUCAUUCAUGGUUUAAAGAUAUCAAAUGGACAGAUUAUGAAAAGAAACUUAUAAAAUCUCCUUUUAUUCCUGAUGAAAAAUUAGAUAAUUAUCUAAAAUCUAAUCAACUUGAAUCUCUUGAAGAUUAAUCAAUUCUCCAUUCAGAACAAGUGUAAUGUAAAUAUUACAAAAAUCAUAGAAUAAUUCCUUGGAUAUGAACAUGUACAUUAAUUUAAUGGAUAACCUACUUAUGUAUCGUCUAUUGUUUCUCCAAGAACUCCCAACUUAAGGGUGUAGCUUAAGAAAGAGUAAUGAU